AUGUACGAUAGCCAAUGUCUUGGAGUGACAGAACUGGAUACGCCGAACCAUUCGGAGACCAGAAUGGCCGUGUCUCGGCCAAAUUCGUCAAAGACAAGGUGUGCCUGUUGGACGCAAUCCACCACAACUUCGCACCGGCAGCUUUCACCAUCUUGGGCGUAUUCGAAUUACUGGCGCAAUUUCGCUGUUACACAUGAAACUCGAUGCAUCCCUGGGGGGUGGAAUGGUGGCCCGGAUCGACCCAGAAGUCCGCUGGCUCUGUACCAUAUUUGGUCUGGUGACAUUUUGGGAUUGUUGUGGCCUUUGCCUGCAUGCACAGCAUCUUAG